AUGGAUGAAAUCCCAUACCAGAUGAUAUCCAACCUACGCCCUGACGCAGCAACUGACUGGAGGCUUCAAGUGCGAUUAACAAGAAUGUGGAGAAAUAUGAAUCGGAAUGCAGAAACGGUUUCUGUAAACUUUAUCUUCGUCGAUGCAUUGGGCGGGCGCAUUCAUGCAUGGAUGCCUCCACAACACUUCCAACAACUAGAGAAUAAUUUUCUUGAAGUAGAAACCUAUGUUGUGCGUAGGUUUGUGGUUAGGCGAUAUUUGCCCAUGCAAAAUGGAAGAUGUUUCGAGAAUGAUAUUUAUAUCCAGUUGAAUCAUAUGACUGAAGUUUUUGUUAUUGGUGGUGUGGAUUACAUCCCGCCUCACGUGUUUCAAUUCACUGAUUUUGAUGCUAUAGUCGAUGCUGCAAGACAAAACCAAUACCUUAUUGAUGUUGUUGGGAUUUUGCAAGCGGUUGGACCGAUUACUCCAUUCAGAAACAAAUACAAUGUCCAAGAAAACUCUAUUCAGUUUACCAUCACUGAUAUGCACACAUCAACGAAAGUCAUUUUCUACAAUGAAAUGGCUCAGUCUUUUGAUCAGGCCGUCCGUGAUGCUGUCCGACACCCAAUAAUUGUUAUCAUCUCAAGCUGUAAAGCUAAAUUCAUGCCAGAUGAGCCAAAGUUGACGGACUCAGCACCAACAAGGUUUUUCAUAAAUGAAAAUCAUGAGGCGGUGGAGGAUCUUAGGAACGCACUGAGGUUGGCUGAUUAUUUUCAUAACUGA